AUGGCGCUCAAUCUAGUGGUUAAAGUUCAUCCUGUUGUUUUAUUUCAAAUUGUGGAUGCUUACGAGCGACGAAAUGCCGAUUCGCACCGCGUCAUCGGUACCCUCUUGGGUACGUCGGACAAGGGAGUCGUGGAAGUAACAAACUGCUUUUGUGUGCCGCACAAGGAGCACGCAGACCAGGUCGAGGCCGAGCUCAAUUAUGCUAUGGACGUGUACGAAUUGAACCGCAGGGUCAACGCCUCAGAAAAUAUUGUUGGUUGGUGGGCAACAGGUAACGAGGUAACAAAUCACUCGUCUGUUAUCCACGAGUACUACUCACGUGAGUGCCGCGAGCCAGUUCAUUUGACGGUCGACACUUCUCUGGCGGGUGCCCGCAUGGGCCUUCGCGGAUACGUGUGCGUCUCACUUGGCGUGCCGCGAGGCAAGCAGGGUUGCAUGUUCACGCCGGUCGACGUGGCGCUCACGUGCUACGACCCUGAGGUGGUUGGCCUUCAACUGUGCGCCAAGACCGUAUCAGCGGGACGAUCGCGCACCGUGCAGCCCAUGAGGGACCUGGCGCAAGUGGCCGAGGCCGCCGGGAAGCUCUCGUCGCUGCUGGAUCAGGUGGUGCAGUACGUAGAGGAUGUGGUGAGCGAACGCGCCGCCGCGGACAAGGCCGUCGGCCGACAGCUGCUCGAGCUCAUAAACUCCGUGCCCAAUAUGGCCGCGGACACCUUCGCCGACGCGUUCGCCUCUAGUGUUAAGGACUCUCUCAUGGUGGUGACUCUCGCGCAACUUAUUAAGACGCAACUACAACUCAAUGAGAAACUGACUCUCCUUACCUCACAGUGA